AUGAGUUAUAGGAAAAUUUACACUUCAAUUGGUUGCAAUCGUUCUUCUAACGCAGCUGAUGUUGAUAGCCAAGGUUUAAUCGCAUUCGGUGCAGGUUCUUACCUCUCUAUCUGGAAUCCUAAUGAUAAAUUGUCAAACGGUGUAAAGCAAACCUAUAGUGGACAUAAAGGCGACGUUAGAAUUGUCAAAUACUUGCAAUCAGGUAGAGAAUCGAAGGAUAUCAUAUCUGGAUGUACUUCUGGUCAAUUGAUUUUAUGGAAGAACAACAAUGAAGAAUAUGAGAACGUUGUAACUGUAGACGCACACGAGAAGUCUAUCUCUGCUGUAGGUACGUUAAGAGCACCAAUUGUCGAUAGAACCGGCUACCUCGUCGCUUCUGCUGGAUCUGAAUCUUCACUCAAGAUCUGGAAUAUCGUCGACAAAGAAGCAAACCUAUUACAAUCUAUCGACCUUAAUGGUAAAUUCGUCUUGGAUAUUACCUUAUCAUUACUUCCUCAUUCAAAAACACCUGUUAUGGCUUUAUCUUUGACCAAUAACAGAAUAGAGAUUUGGACAAUGCAUAAUGACUCUUUCGUAAAGUCAUUAAGUUUGGAAGGUCACGAAGAUUGGGUUAGAGCGCUCACUUUUGGUACUUUCUCGACAGAACAUGGUGAUAACCUCGUCCUCGCUAGUGGUUCUCAAGAUGGAUACAUUCGUCUUUGGAAUAUAAGCACCCAUUCCACUCAAAACAGGGAGAACAAGGAGAAUGUACAUAUUGAUAAGACUACUCUCAACAGCGCCCUCCUCGAUGACUUUGAAAGAAAGAUGGAAGAGGCUGACGCCAAUUCUUCUAGUCUAUCGACUAAAUCCCAUGUAUUCACUGAUCAUAAUGACAACAAACAAUAUAAGCUCAAUUUCGAGGCUUUGUUACUUGGCCACGACAGUUGGAUUACUGGUCUUCACUGGCAUCCAAUACAAUGGGAAUCAGAGAACAAGUACACUCAACCACAAUACCUCUUGAGUGCAUCUGCCGAUAAAUCUAUGAUCUUGUGGUCACCACAAUCCGAUGGUCUUUGGAUGAAUGAGAGACGUUUCGGUGAAUUUGGUACAGGUGGUUUAGGAUUUUUUGGUGGAUUAUUCUCUAAAGAUGGUAAAGAGGUCUUCGCACAUGGUUUAAAUGGUAGUUUCCACAGGUGGGCACAUUCACCCCAAGAUGGACUUUGGCAACCAAAACUAGCAAUUACUGGACAUGCAAGUCCCGUGAAAGAUGUUCAAUGGGAUCCAGAUAAUCAAUUCUUUAUGUCAGCUUCAACUGACCAAACGACGAGAUUACACGGUGCCUGGAAGCGUAACGAAGUUGAAACAUGGCAUGAACUCAACAGACCUCAAUCACAUGGUUACGAUAUCCAAGCAAUUGCCUUCAUUGAUGGUGACUCAACUAAGCUUGCUACAGCUGCUGAUGAGAAAAUUGUUAGAACGUUCGACGCUCCUAAAGGAUGGAUAAGAAGUGCUAAAAAGCUUGGUGUUCUUUCAAAUGAUAUUGAUGAAGAGUCUAGACCACUUGGUGCAUCCCUCCCACCUCAAUCGCUUUCUAACAGACUUGUCAAAAACGAUGAGCAUCCUGAAGAACAAGAUAAAGAUUGGAGUUUAAGUCACACUUACGGAAACCAAAUGGAAAAGCCACCAGUUGAGGAACAAUUGGUAACUAGUCUUUGGCCAGAAUCUAACAAGUUGUUCGGGCAUGGUUACGAGUUGUUCAGUAUCGCUGCUGCUCAUCACUCAAGUCUCUUAGCUACAGCUUGUAAAUCACAAUCUGCUAAACAUGCAGUAGUUAGAAUAACAGAUGCAAUCAAAGGUGUUCACUAUGGUAACCCACUUGAAGGACACGCUUUGACAGUAACAAGGAUACAAUUCUCACCUGAUGAUCAACUAAUUCUGAGCGUUAGUAGAGAUAGAACGUGGAGACUAUUUGAAAAGUCAUCGGAAACUGAGGAAUAUUUACCUGUUGCUGCUGAUAAAUCUCAUGGGCGUAUUAUUUGGGAUUGUUGUUUCAGUGAUUGUGGUAGAGUAUUUGCUACAGCAUCACGUGAUAAAACUGUUAGAGUUUGGUCAAGAACAGGAUUUGAUAAUAAAAACUGGAAAACGAUAUCUACUCUUAAAUUUGAUGAGCCUGCUACAGCUGUAUCAAUGUCAAGAAAUAAUUUAGUUAUAGGGUUAGAAAGUGGUCUGAUUGAAGUCUAUACAAAAGGAGAAGAAAAUUUUGACAAUUGGACUAAGACACACAUUAUAAAAGAACAUAUUGGAUUCAUUAAUAGAGUCUCAAUAAAGCAAAAUAGAUUAUUAAGUUGCUCAGAGGAUAAUAAAAUAACUUUAAUAGAACUGUAAAUAAUAAGUGAUUUUUUAUUUUUAUUCUCUAAAUCAUACGAUGUUCG